GCGAGGGCGGCGGCGGGGGGAGCGGGGACUGCGGCCGCGGCGGAGGGGGGCGCGGGACCGGGCGGAGUCCCGGUUCCUGUAGAGCGUGGCGGGCGGUGGACACAGGUGGACUCGUCGCCGGCUCCUCAAGGUGCGGACUUGGGUUGCGCCUUGACAAGCAGUGGACCCACUGGUGACGGUGCGGGCGACUCGUCCUUGUGCAAGAGUGGCUUGUAAGUUUGCUGCAGCAAACCUUUUGAUGCCUGACCUUCCCAUACGGAUUAUACUCCAAAUCUUGUUUAGAAAAUGGGUUCUACAGGACGCCUUGUUACCAUCAAAAGGAGCGGGGUCGACGGUCCCCACUUCCCUUUGAGCCUCAGGACCUGCUUGUUUGGAAGGGGUGUGGAAUGUGACAUCCGUAUCCAGCUUCCUGUAGUGUCAAAGCAGCAUUGCAAAAUUGAAAUCAAUAAGCAAGAAGCAAUAUUGUUUAAUUUCAGUACCACAAAUCCUACACGAGUAAAUGGAUCUACUUUUGAUAAACCUGUACAACUAAAACAUGGGGAUGUGAUAACCAUUGUUGAUCGAUCUUUCAGGUAUGAAAAUGAAAAUGAAAGUCAUCAGAAUGGAAACGAGUCAACUGAGUUUCCUGGACAAAGACGUGAACAGGGAUCUCUCCGUCGGGCCUCAAGAUCGAGCUUCUCUCCGGACCCUGACGGGAAAGUUCAAGAUUCUGAUGCCCGUUCAAAACUCACUGAAGAGAGUGUUUCAGCAAGGGCUCUGGUACACGUGAAGAAUGUCGAAGCAGCUGAUACUGUCUCCGAUGAUUCAGAAGAUCAUGUUGCCAGGAAAACACCUACUGUUCUUCAUUCUUCAGGACUUCCUGGAGACAACUGCAGAAAUGCAAUGGAUCCCCCUCCUGGGGAUUUGAAAGAAGAUUCCAGUGUGACGUUAGUGAGCCGUAAUGGAGAAGUGAAGUCUGUUCCGUCUACACAGUGUCUUAGGAAGAGUGAAAACAAUGACUCUCCCUUUAGGAAGCUUUACGAGUCAAUGAAGGAAGAGUUAGACGGGAAAUCAGAAAAAGAAAAUGUUCUGUGGAGUCGUAGAAAAUCAGGAUCACAGAGUCAUUGCCCAACAGAAAACAAAAGUGCUGGUGGUUUACAGGGCGGGACACGAGUGUUGGUCUCACUUAAAUCCAGACCGAAAUCGGGUGGAAGUACUCAAAUUAAGGCAGACCCUGUUUCGGCAGAACAAGGAAGUAGCCAGACUGAGGAGAAGACAACUGACGAGGAGCCUGUUCAGACUCCCCAGGAGACCACGAGUCCCAGCGGUCCCCACCUGGAGACGCCGGGCACCAAGACCCCGGCACAGCCUUCACACCGGAGUUCCUCACGGAGGCGUCCGAGUGAAGACCGGAGUGUUAGCCAAGGGAGCGAGUCUGUGAAUCCGGGUCAGAGGGAAGGCUUCAGGGCAGAUAAUAAAACCUUUACUCCUCGGAGGUCCUUAACUAGAAAUCAGACACCCACUAACGUUGAAAAUGCUGGUAAUUUUGGAAAUACUCCAGAAAAGCUCUUUUCCAAAAAGAGGAAGAGUCUGCCAACAAAUGUUGACGUUCUUACUACAGAAACAGAAAUUCAAAAUCAAACUAUUUUAGCUCCAUUGCUCGUUCAAGUUGAAGGGAAGAUUCAAAACGAUGCCCUCCACAAGCCUGAGAAACUGGACACCGCAGCUGGACAGACGCGCUCCGGGUCACCUGACCUUAGUUCAGUCGAUGUCGGCAAGUUCGGUGACUCCAUUAAUAAGGUGGAGGGAAUGUCCUUGAAAAGAAGGAGGGUGUCCUUUGGUGGUCAUCUGAGACCUGAACUAUUUGAUGAAAACUUACCUCCUAAUACGCCUCUCAAAAGAGGAGAAACACCGAUGAAAAGGAGAUCUCUUGCUACCCACACUCCAACUGUCCUGAAGAAAAUCAUCAAGGAACAGUCUCAACCAUCAAGAAAAGAAGAUUCUCCUUCCAAAAUCCAUUUGGAAGUGACCACACAAAACGUGGUUAAGAGCUCUCCAGCUCAGAAUCCUACCAAAACUUCUCCAGUUGCGAAUGAUCAGCGCCGUACGUCGUCCAAGGCGUCUUCUGUCUCCAGUGGCAGCAAAUCUCCUUGUCAGACAGAUACUCCUAAGAGAGGAGGGAGAAGGAGCAGCAGCUUACCUUCAAAGAGAAUGUCCACCGAUCGCAGCCAACAUGAAAUCUUACAGAUGAUUUAUUCCAAAAGAAGGAGUGGUGCUUCUGAAGCCAAUUUAAUUGUGGCAAAAUCGUGGGCAGACGUGGUAAAACUUGGCGCCAAACAAACACAAACUAAAGUCGUUAAACGUGGCCCUCAAAGGCAGCUGAACAAAAGACAGAAAAGGAUAAAUACUCCAAAGAAGCCUACUGGCAGCGUUCACAAUCAAUUUAGUACAGGCCAUGCAAACUCUCCUUGCACCAUAGUCAUAGGGAAAGCUCACAUCGAGAAAGUAAACGUGCCUGCUCGUCCCUACAGAAUGCUGAACAACUUUGUCUUCAACAAAAAAAUGGACUUUAAUGAAGAUCUUUCAGGGCUCACUGAAAUGUUCAAGACUCCAGCAAAAGAGAGGCCACAAAGGAGGAGUGUAUGUCCCAUCACCUUUUCGAAUUCAGAGGAUUUGCUUGGAAAAAAGUUUCAAGUACCCAAUUCAGAAGAAAAUCCUUUGCUAUGUGCUUCAGAAAAUUUUGGAGAGAGUAUGUUCCCCAGUACUCAGAAUGCACCAAAAGAGCUGUCGGAUAAAAUUUCUGCAAGCCCUGCCUCCUCCAAACAACAGAAUAUGAAAGUAAAUGAAGAUAUGGAGAAAACUCCCAGGAACAUGCAUAAAAUGACAGGUGCUGAGAUGAAGACUCCAGUAUCUGAGGCAGAGCCUAUGCAGGCAGUAGCAAGCGCAAACACAUCUAGGAGGUCUGUGGGGCUCAGAAAUAGACUGACACCAGGCACAGAGGGUAAGAACCAAGAAAUGGAAACUGGCACCACGGGGAACAUCUUGGGACGACGUCUGCGGAAAACACCACUACAAGAACAGAAGCUAGAGGGAGAGAUGCAGGAGAGUGAGAGAUCUUUUGAGAUGUGUAAGAAAAUCAUUGAGUCAAAAGAGAACUCUGAAAAGAUGGUAGCUGUGAGGAGAUCAAGAAGGUCUUCAGAGCUGAAAUGGGAACCAACAGCAGACCUGGCUGCCCUCAAGAAAUUGCACGAGAGAGAACCGAAGGAUGACCUGCUGGACAUCCACAGUGUCCUCCAAACCCCAGACCAGGCUGUGAAACCGGUGGAUGUGGAGCACGUAACCACAAAGAUGCGCCGCAAAUCUCCUAAACCAGAACCAGCCAACACGCCAACAAGGACAAAUAUACGGCUCCAGACACCGCCCCACAAAGUGGAUGGAGAAGGCCUCUCAGCACUCAGCAAGGCCACACAGACUCCAGGGGAAAUUACACACACACACAGAGAACCAGUAGAUGAUGAAAAGAGCAUCAAAUUGUUUAAGGAAACUGCAAAGCAGGAAGUGGAUCCUGCAGCAAAUGUAACUGGGAGCAAGAGGCGGCCAAGAACACCUAAGGGAAAGACUCCACCCCUAGAAGACCUGGCUGGCUUCAGAGAGCUCUUCCAAACGCCAGUUCACAUCAAGGAACCAAUGACUGAUGACAAAACCACUAAAAUACUCUACCAAUCUCCACAACCAGAACCAGUCAUCGUAUCAACCAGGAUGAGCAGACGACUCAAGACACCUCUGCGGAAAGUGGACGUAGAGGAAGAGCUCUCAGCACUCAGGAAGCCCACACAAACACCAGGAGAAAGCUCGCUCUCACACAAAGAACCAGUAGGUGCAGUGUCUGAGGAAGCUCCAGAACAGAAACUGGACCCUGCAGAAAAUGUAACUGGGAGCAAGAGGCGAACAGGAACACCCAAGAAAAAGAUCUGUUCCCUGGAAGACCUGCUUGGCUUCACAGAGCUCUUCCAAACCCCAGAUCACACCAAGGAACCAGUGACUGAUGACCAAACCACUAAAAUAUCCUGCAAAUCUCCACAAGCAGAACCAGUUGACACACCAACAAGCAGAAAGAGAAGCCUCAAGACACCUCCCCAGAGAGCAGACACAGAGAAAGAGCUCUCAGCACUCAGGAAGCCCAUGCAAACACCAGGAGAAACUGUGCACACACACGGAGGACCAGUAGAUGAAGAUAAAGACAUCAAAUUGUUAAAGGAAACUCCAAAGCUGAGACUAGACUCAGAAAAAAAUGAAACUGGAAGCAAAAGGCUGCCAAGAAAACCUAAAGAAAAGGCCCAACCCUUAGAAGACCUGGAUGGCCUCAAAAUGCUCUUCCAAACACCAGAUCACACCAAGGAACCAGUGACUGAGGAGAAAACCACCAGAAUACCCUGCAAAUCCCCACAAGCAGAACCAGUCAACAUGCCAACAAGCAGAAGGAGACAGCCUAGGGCACCUCCCCAGAAGGUGGAAGAGCAGGAACAUCUGUCAGCAGGCAAGAUGCCCACACAAGCCCUGGGGGAGACAACGUGUUCACACGGAGAACCAGUAGAUGAUGGCAAAGACAUCAGAGCGUUUAAGGAAACUGCAGAGCAGGAACUGGAUCCUGCAGCAAAUGUAACUGGAAGCAAGGGGCGGCCAAGAACACCUAAGGGAAAGACUCCACCCCUAGAAGACCUGGCUGGCUUCAGAGAGCUCUUCCAAACGCCAGUUCACAUCAAGGAACCAAUGACUGAUGACAAAACCACUAAAAUGCUCUACCAAUCUCCACAACCAGAACCAGUCAUCGUAUCAACCAGCAUGAGCAGACGACUCAAGACACCUCUGCGGAAAGUGGACGUAGAGGAAGAGCUCUCAGCACUCAGGAAGCCCACACAAACACCAGGAGAAAGCUCGCUCUCACACAAAGAACCAGUGGGUGAUGACAAAGGCAUUGCUGUGUCUGAGGAAGCUCCAGAACAGAAACUGGACCCUGCAGAAAAUGUAACUGGGAGCAAGAGGCAAACAAGAACACCCAGGAAGGACACCCAGCAUUCCCUGGAAGACCUGCUUGGCUUCACAGAGCUCUUCCAAACCCCAGAUCACGCCAAGGAACCAAUGACUGAUGACCAAACCACUAAAAUAUCCUGCAAAUCUCCACAAGCAGAACCAGUUGACACACCAACAAGCAGAAGGAGAAGCCUCAAGACACCGUCCCAGAAAGUGGACACAGAGAAAGAGCUCUCAGCACUCAGGAAGCCCAUGCAAACACCAGGAGAAACUGUGCACACGCACAGAGGACCAGUAGAUGAUGACAAAGACAUCAGAUUGUUAAAGGAAACUCCAAAGCUGAGACUAGACUCAGAAGAAAAUGUGACUGGAGGCAAAAGGUUGCCAAGAAAACCUAAAGAAAAGGCCCAACCCCUAGAAGACCUGGAUGGCCUCAAAAUGCUCUUCCAAACACCAGAUCACACCAAGGAACCAGUGACUGAGAAGAAAACCACCAGAACACCCUGCAAAUCCCCACAAGCAGAACCAGUCAACACACCAACAAGCGGAAGGAGAAAGCUUAGGCCACCUCCCCAGAAGGUGGAAGAGCAGGAACAUCUGUCAGCAGGCAAGAUGCCCACACAAGCCCUGGGGGAGACAACGUGUUCACACGGAGAACCAGUAGAUGAUGGCAAAGACAUCAGAGCGUUUAAGGAAACUGCAGAGCAGGAACUGGAUCCUGCAGCAAAUGUAACUGGAAGCAAGAGGCGGCCAAGAACACCUAAGGGAAAGACUCCACCCCUAGAAGACCUGGCUGGCUUCAGAGAGCUCUUCCAAACGCCAGUUCACGCCAAGGAACAAAUGACUGAUGACAAAACCACUAAAAUACUCUACCAAUCUCCACAACCAGAACUAAUCAUCGUAUCAACCAGGAUGAGCAGACGACUCAAGACACCUCUGCGGAAAGUGGACGUAGAGGAAGAGCUCUCAGCACUCAGGAAGCCCACACAAACACCAGGAGAAAGCUCGCUCUCACACAAAGAACCAGUGGGUGAUGACAAAGGCAUUGCUGUGUCUGAGGAAGCUCCAGAACAGAAACUGGACCCUGCAGAAAAUGUAACUGGGAGCAAGAGGCAAACAAGAACACCCAGGAAGGACACCCAGCAUUCCCUGGAAGACCUGCUUGGCUUCACAGAGCUCUUCCAAACCCCAGAUCACGCCAAGGAACCAAUGACUGAUGACCAAACCACUAAAAUAUCCCGCAAAUCUCCACAAGCAGAACCAGUUGACACACCAACAAGCAGAAGGAGAAGCCUCAAGACACCGUCCCAGAAAGUGGACACAGAGAAAGAGCUCUCAGCACUCAGGAAGCCCAUGCAAACACCAGGAGAAACUGUGCACACACACAGAGGACCAGUAGAUGAUGACAAAGACAUCAGAUUGUUUAAGGAAACUCCAAAGCUGAGACUAGACUCAGAAGAAAAUGUGACUGGAGGCAAAAGGUUGCCAAGAAAACCUAAAGAAAAGGCCCAACCCCUAGAAGACCUGGAUGGCCUCAAAAUGCUCUUCCAAACACCAGAUCACACCAAGGAACCAGUGACUGAGGAGAAAACUACCAGAAUACCCUGCAAAUCCCCACAAGCAGAACCAGUCAACAUACCAACAAGCAGAAAGAGACAGCCUAGGGCACCUCCCCAGAAGGUGAAUGAGAAGGAAGAUAGAUCAGCACGUAGGAAGCCCACACAAACCCUGGGGAGAACGACGCGAUCACGCAGAGAACCAGUCAGUGGUGAUAAAGACAGCAAAGUGUUUGAGGAGACUGCAAGGCAGGAACAGGGCCCUCCAGCAAGUGUAACUGGAAGCAAGAGGCAGCCAAGAAGAGCUAAGGAAAAGGCCCAGCCACUCGAAGACCUGGAUGGCCUCACAGAUGUCAUCCAAACACCUGAUCACACAGAACAUGAGAUCAAAAUGACUGAGGACAAAACCACAAAAAUGCCCUGCAAAUCUCUGCAAGUGGAGCCAGUCAUGGUGCCAACAGGUAGAAAGAGACGGCUCAGGGCACCUGCCCAGAAAGUGGAUGUAGAGGAUGAGCUCUCAGCACGCAGGAAGCCCACACAAACGCCAGGGGAAAUCACACACACAUACGGACAGCCAGCAGGUGAUGAUAAAGACAUCAAAGUCUUUAAGGAAACUCCACGGCAGGAAUUGGACCCUGAAGAAAAUGUAACUAGAAGCAAGAAGCAGCCAAGAAUCCCUAAGAAAAAGGCCCAGCCCCUCGAAGACCUGAAUGGCCUCGAAGAGCUCAUACAAAUGCCAGAUCACACAGACGAACCAAUGACUGAGGACAAAACCACAAAAAUGCUCGGCAAAUCUCCCCAAGUGGAACUAGUCAUGGCGCCACCAAGCAAGAAGAGAAGGCUCAGGGUACCUCCCCAAAAUGUGGAUGAGCAGGAAGUUCCAUCAGCAGGCAGGAAACCCACACAAACCCUGGGGAGAACGACACGCUCACGCAGGGGACCAGUCGAUGGUGAUAAAGACAUCAAAGUGUUUGAGGAAACUGCAAGGCGGGAAUUGGACCCUACAGCUAGUGUAACUGGAAACAAGAGGCAGCUAAGAAUCCCUAAGGAAAAGGCCCAGCCACUCGAAGACCUGGCCAGGUAUAAAGAGGUCCUCCAAAUGCCAGCUCAUGCCAAGAAACUGGGAACUGAUGCUGAGACCAUUAAGGUAACGCCAACGCAAACGCCAGACAGAAGAGAACCUGUGAAAAUGUCCAGGAGAGUCCUUAGGGCCCGUAAGACAAAACCCAUGGACGAUCUGGUGGGCACCAGGGAGCCUGUGCAAUCACAAAGGGGAAGCAGAGUUUCCCCGUCCCCCAAGAGGAAAGGUGGGAAACAUGGAAGUGUCACAGGAAGGAAGAGGCUGCGCUCCGUGACGACUCCGCCGGAAAUGGCAGAAGAGAAGCCACUCCAGAAGAAACAGAGGACAGCUCCCGGAGAGACACUCACACCCUCUGAACCCUCCAUAGCAGAGAAGAGAAUUCUGAGGAUUUUGGCAAAGAGGAUUGAACCUGUGGAAGAGCUGCCCAGCAACACGAAAACUGAAAAAAAGGGCCAAAGAGUGGAAGAUGCGACUGCUCCAAAUAAGGGAAUGUCCCUGCGCUCCAGACGCCCAAAUAAAACCACUGUAGAAGAGCAAAGAACUGAGUUUCUCAUAUCAGCAGAAAAGAUUAAAAUAAAGAGGAAUGAAAAGAAGCCCAUGAAUACCUCCCAAGAGAUGAAGCUACAAAACCCAGAAGAUGGAGCCAAGAAUUCUACAUCUGGGGGCCAAGUCCAUGAGAGUAGAAUGGGUUUGAGAUCUGGAAGACAGAAUAAGAUGCCCUUACCCAAUGUAGCAGAGGAGAAAGUCAGGAAGAAAAGGGUGGAAAUCCACGUGGAGAGUCAGAAGGAGAAAGAAGCAACAGGACAUUCGGACUCCAAGAGUUUGAGAUCGAGAAAGAUUACAAUCCCUCCUAAAGGAAACACUCUAGAGGGUGAAUCGGAACAGAGAGUGACUCGGAGGGCCAACAGACGUGCCGAAACCACGAAAACGGAUAACGACAAUGUGUGCAUCAAGAAAAUAAGGACCAGAAGUCGUCGGGACAAUGAAGAUGUUUAGCUAAGAAGUUUAAAAGGGGGAAAAAAGUAAUACAUUUAAUUUAGUGAUAAGUUCUAGUAUAAUAUUUGCUGUAAAUUUAAAAGUGAAUUCUGUAAAUAGUGCUAUCUGGUUGUUUAAGAGAAGAAAGCUUAGAAAUUUCUAGGUCUGAAUUGUCUAUUCAAAAACCCCACAUGGAGAUUAUGAAGGGGACAACUGGGUCUCAUAAAAUGACAAAAAUUUAAAACUUGGGGGUGGGAAGUAGGAGUUUGGGCCAAAGGAUGCCCUUUAACUCUGCAAGUGAAGCCGGGAAGUUUAUCCCCCAAGUCGAUCCCCAAUAACUGUGGGCUCUAGCACUUGCUUUGUACAUGCUUCUGUGUUUGUCUGUGUCCUCCAUCAGAAUGUAAACGGCAGAGGCUUCUAUCCUUGUUGUAUCCCCCACACCAGGCAGGCACUCAGGAAACGUUCAUGAGUGGAUGGAUGAGUAGAUUAAUGAAACUUACAAGAUCUGUCUUUACAAUGGCGGAGACAUUUGGUUCAUACACUAGGGCUAUUUAUCAUCAGCAGGACAGUCCGAUCUUGGUGUCUUUAUCCCUUAAGGGAAUGAAAUUGUAGAUUGGAGGAUGGUUUGUGAGCCCAUCUUCAGCAUAAAGGUGUUACUUUAUUUAAGGAAUGUCUGGUGGCUUGCCUUUUUCACUUUAAAAAUAUUUGUCUAAACUGGACUGCUUUUGUCUGAGAAGCCAUCCACUCACUAGCUCUUAGGGCCAUGGGCCAGAGUGCCCCUCCCUUCCAAACUGUGACACCCCUCUUAGCUUCUCUGCUUUGGCAUCAUUUACAUCUUCUGAGCUUUCUACUGGAUCUGCUCCCACCUGUGCUUUUUCUCACCACACCUGUUGACCUGACUUAGUGCCCAGCAUGCCACCUCGUACAGGAAGCCAUACAUACUCUCCCCCUAAAGCACAGCCGUUUCUGACAGCGGCAGAGCACGAGGCUUCUUCACCCACGGUUUCCAAAUUGCUUACUUGCAAGCAGUUGCCUCCUACAUCUCAUUUUAAGCCCAGGCUUCUUUCUUCAGUUUCAGACCCAUACAUCAAACUGCUGGGCAUCUCCAUUUUUAUAUUCCACUUGUCCUCCUGUUCUUCUUGCUCUGCUCCCUAAAUCAGAAGAGAGCACACCUUCUCUCCAGUCACCUGUCCGGAGGCCUCCCCAUUCACCUGCUUUCCAGUUUGAGCUGAGGAUGGAAAACAAGAGAGGGGGCUGUCCCCUAGACUAUGAACUGCAAUGCCCAGGCCCUGUCUGUCCACUCUUAUAUCCCCAAAGUCUGGUGUGGAGCCAGGUGUACACAGUAAUAAAUAUUUGCUGAAUAAACAUGAAUCUCUGCG